AUGAUCGAAAUUAAGCCAAUUCAGACGCAACCUAUCAAUUUUUCAACUAAAGCUAAUCAGUCUUUCAAUGAUUUGAGUAAUUCUCCUUAUUCAAGAAGAUUGCAGUCUAGGAAAAAAUUAACUAGUAUAAAAAGUACUCAAGGGCUAAAUAGAACUUCAUCACUUUUAUCAACAAAAGCUUCAAUGAAAGACAAAGAAGCUGAUUCAACACCUCUUCCAUCUAUUCAGAACCCCACUUUUAAAGCAGCGGCAGCAAAAAUCUAUAAAUCAUCAGCAAAGUUGCAAAAAGUCAAAGACAAGUUUGAUUCAAACGAGGUUGUUAUAAAUCAUCAAAUUUUUGAAAAAAUCCGGGAUAGUUAUAUCAAUGGAAAUAUUAAAUUAAAUUAAAGAAUUCUUAAUUUCCUCCAGAUUUGUUGCCUCAGUGUGCUUUGACCAACGCCAACCUACUUGCUAGGCGGAAAUUAAGCUGCUAUUUGGAACAGUGGUCUUCUCUAUGAGCAAGCUUGCACUAUGACCCCAAGAGUGUUGACGAACUAGAAAGAUGGCCUGCCAGUAUGCCAUCAGGCGCUAUGGAGGUAAAGGUUAGCCGAUGCCUUCCGUCGACCACUUUUGGGAAGGACCCAGGGGGAAAAAUACAGCCUUCUGAAAGGAAAAGCCCGUGGCCUAAAAACCAUCCGGAUAACUAAUACCUGGACAGGAAUGGUCACCUGCUGACUCCUAAGGUUUUCCCACCCCAUUCGGCAGCGAUUAGCAUGCUAAGGGUUAGGAUUAAGGGCCUGAACCUUGGUUUAGACUAUAAUAUCAUUUUGCUACCCAAAGUGGGUGCGUAAAUAUAACGACAUAUUUCAUUGCCACCACCAUUUAAUAAUACAGUGGAUAAAGAAUUUAAUUUUAUCUUAAUCCCCCCUUCCAUGAGUGAACAAAAAAAUUUUGUUCAUUCACGGGAGGUUAUUUUUUGGAAAUUUUAAAAAAUCCCACUUCUCGAAAAAUUGGAAAGCAGAUAUUAAUUUAAUUUGUAAAAUUUAUGUUUUAAAAAAACGCAAUCUGUUUAAAACUAAACAGAAUUAGCUCUAGAUUUCAUGAUAAUAGCUAUCACUUAUAUAUCAAAUUUUUUUUCCUUAAAACAAUUUUCUAUUAUAAAAAAAAUUUUGUUCAUUCACGGAGGGUGAGCUUUUAGGAUAAAAAUAGGGGUUUUUCUAAUGGUUUUGCUCACUCACGGAGGGGGGGAGCUAGUAAUAAAAAAUCUAUUAUCUAGGAAAUUUUUAUCUGUUAUUUAUUCUAUCUACUAAGGUACAUAUGGAAAACCUCAAAAACAGUCCAUCAAAAAAUUUACACUUAAAUAUCCAUUUAGAAGCCUUAGAUGAAGUGUUAAAAGUUUUACCCACUAUUCAAAUUUUGAGCGACAUUAAAAAUGGAAUUAUUAGCUGCCUUAAUAUUGACUUACAAAACUCCCAAAAUUACGACACAAAAAAUUUAAAAAAAGAAUCUGAUGAAAAAAUUGCCAAAAUUAAAAAGGAAAAAACAAUUUUAGAAAAAAAAUUAAAACAAUUAAGCACAGAAAAUGUUGAUCUUGCUUCAGAAAUCGAUAUUCUUAAAAAAGAGAUUUAUAGUUUAAAAGAUUUUAGCUCACAGCAUUCAAAGGCUCAGUACUUUAUGAAUUCUCUUAUGGAAGAGACUAAAAGGAAAGGAGAGACGAUAAAGCUUUUAAAUGAAGAAAUCCAUAAAUUAAGAAGAAAAGAGAUAAAAAAUCAAAAUAUUAUUGAUGCUAUGAAAAAGCAAGGGGUUGACGUAGAAGCUGCAGUAGAAUCAAUGAAAAAAGAUAAAGAAAAAAGCAAGAAUCUAGGCUUUAGGCUUAGAAUUUCGACUCUUCCACCCGAUAAUGGAUCACAAAAUUCAGACUCUGAGAUUUCAGAAAAUAAUAACUCAGCAAUUGGCGAAUUUAUGAUGCCGAAGCUUUCACCAGUCCCUGACUUAAAAAUCGAAAAAAUUCGAAGAGACUCUUUCCAAGAAUUUUUUGUGACAAACGAAAACUUACUCCCACCCUCCGUGAGUGAACCAAAAAAUCUUGUUCGCUCAUGGAGGGGGGCUAUGUUUUUUAUUAUAAAAAUUUAUAUAUAAAUUUUUCGGAAUUUAAAAAAAUCCCACUUCUCGGCAAAUAAUAAUUUAAUUUGUAAAAUUUAUUUUUAAAACGAAAUUUGUUUAAAAUUAAACAGGUAUAGCUCGAGAUUUCAUGAUACUAGCUAUCACUUAUAUAUCAAAUUUUUUUUUCCCAUAAACAAUUUUUUCUAUUAAAAAAUUUUUGUUCGCUCAAAAAUGUUUUUAGGCAAAAAAUAGGGAUUUUCUAAUGUUUGUUCGCUAACGGAUAGGGGGAGCUAGAAAAUUCUUGGCUUAGAGCCUAA